CCUUUAUAUGGGCUCGUCUGAAUCUGAGAAACCUAUGCCAACCAUAAAUGAUGUAUUGCUCUUACAGGGGGACGCCUCUGCUAAUGUUAUAAUGGAAUGGGAGCAGCUGGGCUGUCGGAAGGCUGACUCUGGAUUGUGGCUCAUGCCGGCCGGACAGACCUGUAUGACAGACCAGUUAGCGACCUGGGUCGUUGAUUGCCUACAUCUAGCCACUCACUGUGGGGCCACCUUGCUAGUAGACGCUCUCUUACAGGCAUGGUGGCAUCCUCGACUUAAGGUUUUGGCAGCCCAAACUAGUGCACGGUGCCUCACCUGUGCUACACACAACCCUGGUAAAGGAGUUGUCUGCCAGACGGGUCGUACUCCAUUACCUACUGCUCCGUUUGAAACCUUGCAGAUGGAUUUUAUUGAUUUGCCUAAGUGUCAGUGUUAUAAACAUGUACUUGUUAUUGUUGAUGUGUUUUCUAGGUGGAUUGAAGCCUUUCCAACCACUGAUUGCACUGCCUCUACGGUGGUGUCUAUUUUAUUACGGCAGGUUGUUCCUCGUUUCGGGGUUCCAAACACCAUCAGUUCGGAUAACGGCCCUCACUUCAUUGCCGCUAUCAAUAAAGAAUUGUACCGACAGCUGGGCGUAACCCAGCGGCUGCAUUGUGCUUAUCGCCCACAGGCUGCAGGAAUGGUGGAACGCUUGAACCAGACCCUGAAGACCAAGCUUGCCAAGCUGGUGGACCAAUCAGGCUCCACCUGGGUUAAAAUGUUGCCUGUUGCUUUGUUCCAGAUCAGAGUCCUUCCAGCAGGGAAGACAAGGUUGUCUCCUGCAGAGAUCAUCUAUGGCCGACCUCUGCGCACCCCUUGGACAGACAUUAUCCCGGCCACAAUGACGUUGCAUCACAUGACGGAGGAGAUGAUACGAAAUAAAUCGCUGAGAUGAGGGUCUUCGUGGCAUUAAUAUGUGUGGCGACCACUGCAGGGUUAAUCGGUUUCGGCUGGAAAUGGACAAAGACUGAAUACGGACGGAACAAACGAGGAAAGAGAGGGGAACGAGAAAACUCCAAUUUAUUCAUCCAGGCACACAACGAGCUAUUCGGGAAGGGGCAGGUGGUUUGUUAUCCACAAAUGACAUCAGUUACCUCCCUGUUUACCCCAUCCCCUGCAUGGGGCAGAACUGAACGACUGGUGAAGUGCCAGGAAAAAAAAACGGUCCCUGUUAAAACCGUCAGCAUCAACUAUGAUAGGCUUCUCGCUCCACCGGCCAACUGCUUACCGCUCCCUAAGAACAAUAACCACUCCUACGACAUUUGCUACAAUGGAUCUAGGACGGCGUCAAGAGCACCGGCUAGGCCAUGUAACUUCACCACCAAUAAUGACAACAGGCAAUAUGAAAAUUGUUUUAGUAACCAAGGACACGGGUGUAUAGUCAUAAAUGUUAAAAAUAACCUCACUUGCGCUCUGCAAGGGCCCGUUCAUGGCUCCACAUGUAACCUUACCUAUAAUGGAGUCCAAUGUCAGGUGUCUAAGGACUGUAUCCCCGUAAAUGCUGGAUUUCAGUUGUUGUGUGGAUGGGCCAACGGGACCCAUCUGACAGUAGGAUCCCAUCACCUGCCAAUCCCUAGUUAUAGCAAUGGGAUCAGUGAAGCGUGGAGGGACUGGUCUGGAGGGGGAGAAGUCAUUAAUACCCGAAGGGGCUGUAAUGGAUCAUUAUAUACGGAGGAAGGAUAUUACUUUUUCUUUAAUGGGAAAGGAACCAAUGUCCUAAAACCCCCUUUCCCCAAGAACGUGGCAGUUGGAGCAUUGGUGCCAACCACGGUACCUUGUCCCGAGCAAUGGACUAAACCCAUGGCUCGGGUUCGUCGAAGGACAGUGUCAGCCGAGUUUUGCGCGCAAUGGAGAAAUCCAGGGGUUAGGGGAGCUACCCACGGACAUGCCAUUGGAUGGGGAUUAUUAAGCAUGCUAACCAUGGGAGGAGUGGGUGGAGGUGAAGCAGCCAAAAACCGAAAUUACCUUGUUUGUGGCCUGACAAUUCUGGGCAAUGCAACAACUGGAGCCUUGGAGGCAGUAAAAACCCAGAUGGCCGAAAUGAGGAUGUUUUCCCUACAAAAUAGAUAUGCGCUCGAUUACUUAUUGGCUAGAGAAGGGGGGACCUGUACCGUCAUAAAAGGGAAAUGUAUGAUGGGGGUUCAAGACCGGACUAGCAACAUCACACAACACCAGAAAGAGAUUACCACCUUUUUGGAUGGAAUAAAUGAAAACCAGGGAUGGGGGAAUUGGGGAUUAGGGGGAGUAUACAACUGGAUCAUCAGCAUUGCCAUCUAUGCUGCUAUAGUAGUUACUUGCUUAUUUGUGGGGAUUGCUAUUGUAAAGUGUAUCAUAGCCCGAUUAAUGGUGGCUUUAUCGGGUUUGGGGACCACCCCCGAGGAAACUAAAAAUUCUGUACGAAUGAUGAUCUUACAGCGUGAGCAGGAGAGACUGUUACCAUUCCCCAACGACAGCGAAAACGAUGAAGUGAGUGAGGAAGGAGAAUUAGGGGACAAAGGUCAGACGGUCCAAGAAGCCUUGGCCAGGGAACUAGAAGGUUACGAGAUUCGGCGAAUGGGACUUUUAAAUGGACUAUGAGUGUUGCCAUAAGAAUGGCAAAAGGGGGGAAUGAUGAAUAGAAAUUCUGAAUCAAUGUUAUAAGAUUGUUCUGAAAGACAAAAUGGUUGGCCAGGUAGACUGAAACAAAGGACAUAAGAUGGCUGCUGACCAGACUUGCUGGAACCGGCUGCAAUUAAGGAAUACACAAUGUCUUGCAGUUACUGUGUAGUCAUGAAUAAAGGAUCACAGGCCCAGUCUGACAAGAUUGAGGAAUACACAACCUCCCCCCCUAGCCAGGAAGACUGAGGAAUGUACUGGUCUGAGAGUAUGUGUGGUUCCUCUUUCAUCCCCUUAUAUGUCCAUACUUGGUUUCCUGUAUUCUUCGUACGUGUCGGUUCUUUGAUCGGGGGAAUGUGGGAGGUGCUAAACGGUGGCAUUAACAUAUAAAGAGCCUUGCAAUUAAGGGCAGGCAGCUUGACUCUUUGCCAGGUUGUAACCUGUGUGGAGACUCCUGCUCAAUAAAACGUACGUUUAAAGCAACCCUGGUGCCUGGUCGAUUAUUGUCGAAACAACCGAUGUGAGAGUGAAACGUG